AUGUCGUACACAUCCAAAGCAGCGUUGAAGACGCACAAGUGGCGAAAGCAUCACUCUAAUACAAUUGAAAAUCAAAUUCAGUGUCCACUCUGUGCAGAAAAAGUUAAGACCCACGAAGAGCUCGUAAACCACGCACAAAAUGCGCAUUCACGUACCGCGGACGAAUAUCGCAUUAAAACGUUGACCUUCGCAGAUGCAAGCGAGUGUGAGGUGUGGCGCAGAAACGAAGAAAAAGAGAAUGUAUUGCAAUGGGCGACAACCUCCGCGAAGGCAUACGAAGACAGAAAAAUUUCCUACCUUCGAUGCAACCGAGCUCUUCCCUUCCCAGCUUAUGCCUUCAGUCAAGGAAGAAAAUCGAAGAAAAUAGUUGCGUAUUGUACUGCAUUCCUUAAGGUGAAACAAGAAGAUGCCGGCAUCACCGCAACAUUUUGCAACACUCACUGCGGCCAUCCAGAAGUACCGGCAGCGUUAAGAAUGGACAAGGAUUCAGAGAGCUUCAUUGUCAAUUUACUCAAAGACGGAUACAGUGUCAAUCAAGUGUUAAGGCGGAUAAGAAUGGACUGCAGGAACCAACAACAGCGCACUCGACUCUAUUACACCACCGGGAGGGAUAUAAGGUGGAUUAAUUGUGAGAGAAGGAUAGGAAUAUCGCCAUACGAAACAAAAUGGAACCAGGAAGAAGGCAUGAAACAGACUUGGAGUCGGUUGAAAUCAGGAUUCAUGAACAAUCUUCAGAUGACGGAAUUUCAGCGCUAUGUUCGCCCUUUUGAUGAAAGUGGCGAUGGCUUCUUAUUAGUGGUGAUUACUCCAGUGCAAGUCUCCUGGCUACGUGAAUACAGUCGUCGUGGCAUAUCUCUCGAUGAUACGUUCAAUCUAACCAGGUAUUCACUCAGAUUGGCCACAGUGAUAGUCGCCGACGAGUGGGACAUGGGAUUACCCGCCGCAUAUUUACUCUCCCACAGAAUGACAGAGGACGAAGUUUUCGAGCUGUUUGCUGCCAUUAAGGAAAAGAUUCCCGAUUUUGACCCGAAAUUUUUCAUGACGGAUGAUACAAACAGCUUUUUUAACGGGUUUAAACGAGCAUUUCCGGACUCCGCAGCAGUGAAAUUGCUUUGCUGUUUCCACGUUCUCCAGGCGAUCAAAAGGAACUGCAGGAGCAAACUUGGGAAGAGCCAUCGUGUCGAGCAGUGGGGAGGGUUCGGGCGGCAAAAUGCGUGUAUGAAUACUUCUAUGUUGGGAGAACGCUUUCACAAGCGUCUGAAGCACGAGUUGCCAGACACGAAGCGAACAAUGCAGCAUGAUGCCUUCUAG